AUUUUUUCGUCUUAAAAUUAAAAAAAUAAAAUAAUUCUGAGUGCAAGUGAUGUUAAUAACAAAACUCUUUUCCACUCUUUUCAGUAGGAGUUAUUGUACAGUAUCGCUGAGGCCUAUUUUAGUGAAUCCGUUGUUGAAUCAAAUAGACACGCAAAACAUGGCUCCCCAUUUUCGUGAGAACAAGCAGAAGCGCAGCUACCAUGGCGUACAGCAACAUAACAAGUUUAAGAAUAAUCGCUUUGGUGGCGGCGCCGGAGGUCAGUCAAUGAAUCCAAAGGUCUUGAAAGAGAUCGACUGGUCUGACACCUCCAAACUAACGGAGAUCGUCAAGGAUUUGUAUUGCGAGAGUGACAUCACGAAGAAUCGCAAUCUCAAGGAGGUCAAAAGCUUCCUGGAGACCAAUCAAAUCAACACGAAAGGUAACCAAUUACCGAAACCCGUGUUGACCUUUGACGAAAUCCAGUUUCCGGACUACAUCAAGAAGGAGAUUCAACGACAACAGUUUGAGAAUCCGACAGCAAUUCAGGCGCAAGCAUGGCCCAUCGUGCUCAAGGGACAAAAUUUGGUAUCUAUUGCCAAAACUGGUUCCGGCAAGACACUUGGGUUCUUGUUGCCUGCCAUUAUGCACAUCAACAAUCAAAAGGCAUCGACCUACAAUGCCCGCAAAGGCCCCAUGGUGCUAGUUUUGGCACCGACACGUGAACUGGCACAGCAAAUUCAACAAGUCGCAUCGCAAUUCGGCGCUACAUCGUACAUCCGUAACACUUGUCUCUUCGGGGGCUCAAGUCGUUAUGCACAAGAACGCGAAUUGCGUCGCGGAUGCGAAAUUGUCAUCGCGACACCUGGACGGUUAAUUGACUUUUUGGAAUCUGGCGUCAUUUCUUUGGAACAAGUUACGUAUCUCGUUUUGGACGAAGCUGAUCGCAUGUUGGACAUGGGCUUUGAACCACAAAUUCGCAAGAUUUUGUCACAAGUUCGUCCGGAUCGACAAACAUUGAUGUGGUCUGCUACAUGGCCCAAGGAAGUACACAAUUUGGCCGAAGAUUUCAUUGGCAACUACUCCAUGAUCAACAUUGGCUCAAUGGAGUUGACAGCGAACCAUAACAUCAAACAACACGUGGAAGUGAUAGAAGAUUACAAAAAGGACCAACGCCUCGUCGAAUUGCUGAACGAAUUGAAGGACGAGCACGGCAACAUCAGAAAAACAUUGAUUUUUGGUGGCACAAAGAGACGUUGCGAGAAAAUCACGUCACACUUGAAUCGCGUUGGAUUCCGUUGUGUCGUUAUGCACGGAGACAAAUCUCAGAAUGAACGCGAAACUGCACUCAAAAAGUUCAGAAAUGAUUAUGCCCCUAUUUUGAUAGCUACAGACGUUUGCGCUCGCGGCCUCGAUGUCGAAGGAAUUGAUACAGUAAUUAAUUACGAUUUUUGUCAAGGUAUUGAAGAUUACGUGCACAGAAUUGGCAGAACCGGACGUUCGACGAACCUCGGACAAUCUUUCACCUUUUUCACAGAGAACGAUGCUCGACUUGCCAGAGACUUGGUGAGCAUCUUGCAAGAAGCAAAGCAGAAAAUCCCACAAGAACUCCAAGAUAUGGCCCGCAACUCACGAGGAGGCGGCGGCCGUGGAGGCGGUGGCAAUUUCCGCAGAUACGGCACCGUGAAGAAGGGAGGAUUCGGCGGCGGCGGAUUCGGAGGACAACGCAACAACUUCGGUGGCGGUGGCGAUCGGAGAUUCCCCCAUUCCAAUUCGAAUUCCGGAGGAUUUGGUAGUGGUGCUGCGGCGAAAAAAACCAAUCACAAGUUUUUCGACUAAUAAAAAAAAAUUAAAUUAAUUUUGUAUUAGACCGACGUGUCGACGAGCAUUGAGAAUUGAAAAAAAAAACCAUUAAAUUAAUUUUGAAUUUCUGAACUACUUAAA